AUGCUCCCUCCCAGAUACUACCAUUACCAUGCGCCCAUAGUCCUGAAACCUGAUGAUAAUAAUGGCUUGUUGGUUGAUUGCAACUACUGUAUGUCGAAACGAUCAUCUGGCGACUGCAAGGAGAACCACUCUGAGCCGGAAGGGCUAGCACUUGAGGAGAUCAAUGCGGAGACAAGGGACAAGGCUUUCGCUAAGAUCAUAACCGACAAAGCGUUCGGCACCCGCCCUACCUGUAUCGAAGAGUGGGGUGUACAAUAUAUCGCUCAAAUGCGCUUGAAUCCUCAACCGACUGUUGAAGGGCUCCUGGCUCAUAUCCGAAUCAAGCACCCUCGAGCAAAGGCUAAGACUGCUCUUAUGUGGAGUAAGCUCAAGAGCGUCUUCUGCUCCUGUGACGAACCAACACUCUUGACUAUGGAGAAGGUGACCGACGUUCAGGCGUUUAUUGAAGCCUUCCAGGCGGAAUCUUCCGACCAGGAUGACCAGAAUGGCCCAGUUGGAGCUAGUACUGCGGUUGUACAAGCUAGCUCGGCCCUCGGUUCAAGCUCCACCUCCAAGCCCAGCACAAGUAGUAGCAGCGUCAGCAACAGCAGUGCAUUAUCUGCUGGCACGAUCCUGAAGAUGAACUCCGAGUUCGAUCAUAACUUUGCUGCCUUUGUGGGCGAGGCAUGGAUGCUCCCGUCAGGCGCCUGCGCCGACGAAGUGGUUGCACAAUACGUGCGCACUUUGUCGAAAGAAUCGGCAUUACACUCUUUCGUCGUGGACAUGCCCUCUACCAUCAUUGACCUUUUCAACGACCAUAAGGACAAGGCGGCAUUAAGCGAGGUCCUCGUGACGCGAGCUGGAGAACGCCAAAAAGUUAUUAGCACAGCAGAGGAAGAGCAUCUUCGCCUUUACGAUGAGGAGCCGGACAAGGUGGAGGAGAAACUGUCCCAGGGCUGGCAAAGCGUCAGCGCACCGGAGGACCAGGUCCUGGAAAAACAUCACCGAGGGUCAAUUCAUUUGGCCUUACACCUCAUCUUCUUGGUGUAUCAAAGACACCAUUUCGAAUUGCCUCAGUCGGCCUCCGAGUCAUUUUACCUUCAAAUUCUUUGGGGGGUUUUCCCGACUCUCAUUCUGAGUGAUAGAACACUCCAUUACCGGCCAGCCGAAGUACACUCGCAAGCCUCCUCCCUCCGGAAGAACAGGAACCGCAAAGCAGAAGGGACGGUCAAGCAAGCCGUGGGCCGAAAGGCCGACGGCCUUAUUGUGUCCUCUUCUACAAUGCUGGAGUUGUGCAUGAUCGAGGCUGCGAACAAGGAUGUCGGUCUGAACGGCACAAAAGCACUUCAUGACACUCGAAAAAUGGCUAAAGUACUCAAGGACACCUUCGACGGUGUUUGUGCCAAAACUAAUAAGGACGUUAUCGACCAACUAGUCGUCUUUGGCGCCCGUAUUGCCGGAUCAUCGAUGACCUUUUACAGUAUGAGGAAGCGCCAGGGACGAUUUUAUCAGCUGGCUGACGACGGCACGGUGACUUUCCCUUCGCAGUGGGACCGAAGCACAACCAUGAACAUAUUGACCAUUAUCGCGUCGGUGCUGGCUCUCAGGAAGCGUGUUACGGAAAUGGCCAAGCAAGUGACUGCAUGGACCACAUUGUCAUUUGAACCUCUUGACACAUCCAGCCAUCCCAACAUGCCUGUAACGCUGACAACCCCCCCUGGUUCACCUCGUCUCUCACCACGGCAAUGA